CUUUUCGUCUUCUCCCAUAAGUAGCUUGCCUUAGCAGUCAGCGAUGGCACUCAGCAAAUUCUCUCUCCCCAUUAUCUUUGCUGUGAUCUUGCUCUUUGCCCAAGUCCUUGCUCGUGACUUGGAAGAGAAACCUGCUGCUGACAAGAAGGACGCGACUAUCAAGGACAGUGAUGAUGGAUAUUGGCAUGGGCGUGGUCCAUAUGGCCAUUAUCCCCCGCGCUGCCGAUUCCUCUGCGGCCACCGGUGCUGCUCGGAGGCAGAGUUUGCUGCCUACUCUCAGGGCGCUCAAGACCAGGCUGCCGAUGAAUUCGGUGACGAGAAGCAUUCUGGAUAUGGAUAUGGCUAUGGACGCGGGCCUUACUAUGGCUACGGAGGAAGGCCCGGAUAUGGGUACGGGCCACCACACUGCCGUUACUACUGCGGCCACCAUUGCUGCUCAGCUCAGGAGUACGCUGAGUAUGUGCAGGAUCAGAACUAAGAACAAUGUUCGUUUUGGUUGUAUCUGUAGCCAAUGUGCAUGUUAAUUACCAUAUGUCGGUAACACUUAAAUAAGAACAUGCACUUAGGGUCUAGUGACUUCUUAGCUAGUUUGGGUCCAUAUAACAGCGUUGAUCUGGUUGUAUGGUUCUUUGU